ACGGGAUGCAUGCCUCUCAUCAAACGCGGAAGUUCGCCUCCAAAACCAGCUGCUGCAGCCUCAGCCAGCUCGAACGCCACCGGCCGGACAGUUGGCUGUAGCUCGGCGGAGGGAGCGGCGCGUCGGUCGGUGACAGCAAGGCGGCGAGAGGAGGAGCACGCCGCCGGGGUGAAGUUCACAGAUGGCUUCCCUGGGCAGCGCAGAUCGGCGGGCGUUCGCCCUGAAGAUCAACAGGCACUCUUCUGCAGAGAUUCGGCGAAACUUCAGCGGGAACCUUGGCGCUUAUCACACCAGAACAAACUCCAAUACUUCGCCCACAACCUACCUCACAGUGCCUCAGUCUUAUGAAGCGGUGGAGCCCUUGGACCUGGAGGAGUUCCUGAUGUUGCAGUUAAGAAGUGAAGACUUGGCUCUGAUGCAGGAACUUGGAGACUUUCCUGACGAUGACCUGAAAGUGGAGCAGGUGGAGAAGGAGUGUCGAACAGUUCGACAUUUUGUACCUGAAGAAGGAGGGGAAUUGGAUCCACAUGUGAGAGACUGCCUUAGGAGUUAUACCCAACCAUGGCUUGUCGUCUCUAGAAGGUGCCAAGGGGAUGGCUGGAGCACAUAUUCAGAACGAGUCGGCCUUCACAAAGUCCUUCAGAAGCAAGUCUUUGAGUCCGAUUUUCAGCCAGAAAACAAAGACAAACCGGUCAAAUCUCCAACUCUAGAGGGUUUGACUGAUGACUCUGGGCGUACGCUGACCUCAUCUGAUUUUAACUUGCGAUGUUUGGCCCCGGACCAAAGGCUGGAAGAGCUGAUGGCCUUCAGCAGCCCAGACGAGCUGGACCGCCUAAACCAGCAGGAGAGGAAUAGAAACAGACACCCUGAGCUUUUUGCUCUCUAUCCACCACCUGAUGAGGAAGAUUCUGUGGAAAUCAGACCCAUUCCUGACUGUCCUAAAGAGCAUGUCGGAGAGCGCAUCUUGAUCCGGUGCCAGAGUAUCAAGUUUGAAAUUGACAUUGAGCCCAUAUUUGCUACAAUGGCUUUAUAUGACCUGAAAGAAAAGAAAAAGAUAUCUGAGAACUUUUACUGUGAUCUCAACUCAGAACAGUUCAAACACUUCUUAAAGCCUCACAAUCCUCAUGUGGAUUUGUCAACACUGGCCAAAUCUGCCAUCUUCUCCAUCACCUACCCAUCUCCAGAUAUUUUCCUGGUCAUCAAGAUUGAAAAGGUUCUUCAACAGGGAGAGAUCGGUGACUGUGCCGACCCCUACAUGACACUGAGGGAAUGCGAAUCAAAGAACAAAGACAAAAUCGAGAAACUACGAAACCAGGCGGAAGCUUUUUGCCAGAGACUGGGUCGAUAUCGGAUGCCUUUUGCUUGGGCAACAGUGAAUAUCAUGGAAGUCAUCACAUCUGCUGUGGACCGAGACGUCACAGACUCGGACAGCGUCAAAGGAGGUAAAUCCAGUAGCAUGGACCGGAAACUUCAGCUUCCCAGGAGAAACUCGGAGCGUUACACUAACAUUGAAGAGCCGUUUUGUUGUCACGUCGGUGGCUUUAGAACUACAGCCAUCACUAUCAACACCAUCUUUAAACAGGAAGGGGAUCGUCUCAGUGAUGAGGAUUUGCUAAAGUUUCUUUCUGACAUUAAGAAAACCUCAACACCACAGAGGAGAAUCAAAACGAUACCAGGUGUGAUCAAGCUGGACGUAUCUCCAGUUAAUGACAUGCCACAGGCCUGUUUGUCCCCUGAGCUGAUCCCCCUCAAACCUCUGGCUGAGAAAAACAUUCGGCCAUUGAAAGAGGUGCUGGAAUUCCCCUCCAAUGAAGUCUAUGUCCCUCACAACAUUUACAGGAAUUUGUUGUACGUCUACCCCCUGAGGCUAAACCUUGUCAGCAGACUUACAUCAUCAAAAAACAUCACCAUUAAAAUCCAGUUUAUGAGUGGUGAAGACCCAAGCUGUGCCCUUCCAGUAUUUUUUGGGAAAUCCAGUGGCCCUGAGUUUUUACAAGAAGUAUAUACUCCUGUUACCUACCAUAACAAAUCCCCCGACUUCUAUGAAGAAGUGAAGCUUUCUCUUCCGGCCCGUUUGACGGAGAGACAUCACCUGCUGUUUACUUUCUACCACAUCAGCUGCCAGCAGAAACAGAACCAGAGUGGCAGCUGUGAAACACUGAUUGGAUACUCGUGGCUACCCAUGUUGAACAGCGACCGGCUGCAGACUGGUCCGUUCUGUCUACCCAUCAUUUUGGAACGACUUCCGAUCAAUUACUCACUGCACCCCCCAGAGAAACUUCCUCCUCAGGUUCCUCCAGUCAAAUGGAUGGAGGGUCACAAAGGCCUUUUUAGCCUAGAGGUGCAGGCUGUCUCCUCUGUACACACUCAAGACAAUCACCUAGAGCGCUUCUUUACCCUCUGCCAUGCACUGGAAGGAGGAGUUGUGUUCCCUCUGCGGGUCAAGGAGGAGAAGAUUCCAGAGAACAAGCUGGAGCAUGAACUGAAGCUCAGCAUCAUAUCACUGUCGUCCUCCAGCUUGGAGCCUCUGGUCCUCUUCCUUCAUCGAGUUCUGGAUAAACUUUUUACGCUCAUCAUGCAGCCAAUGGUAAUCGCUGGGCAAACUGCAACCUUUGCCCAGAUAGCAUUCGAGUCAGUUGUAUCCAUUGUCAACAGUCUGCAUAACAGUCCAGAGCUCAUCAAGGACCAGCAGGGGAGGAAUAGCCUCUUGGCAACCUACCUGUACUGGGUUUUUUGUCUGCCGGAUCCCCCCCAAAACACUCAGAGUGCAGGCUCAGGUGUAGUAACUUCUGCAGCAGAGAGCCGUUACAGCACCAUGGGUCGCGCCACAGCCGCCACCGUUGGGAGUAUGCUUCUGCAGUCCAGGAUCCGCAGCAGCAGCAACCCCGACAUCCCAGGUCCUCACAACUCUGCUGAAGAUGCUGAGGUCAACAACAUUCUUUCUUCCAAGGGCCACAACGUCCCAGGAAGCCGCAUGUCCACCUAUGUGGACAUAAACAACCAUCAGAAUGCCAUAGGAAGCACCAGGCCCUCCAGCAGAAAGCAAUUUCAUGAGGAGCUGGCUCUACAGAUGGUGGUCAGCACUGGAGUCUGCAAAGAAAAUGCUUACAAAUACGCCUGGUUCUUCUUUGAGCUUCUGGUGAAAAGCAUGGCUCAGCAUGUCUGCCAGAUGGAGAAGCACAGUGUUCCUCGAAGAAGCCGCUUCUCUGACCGAUUUAAAGAUGACAUAACCACCAUUGUGUCUGUGGUGACCGCUGAGAUCUGCACCAUCCUCGUCAAACAGCACAAGGAGGUUGAGCAAGCAGAGAAAGUCAACAUCAGUUUGGCUUUCUUCCUGUACGAUCUGAUGUCUCUCAUGGACAGAGGAUUUGUUUUCCAGCUGGUGAAAAACUACUGCAAUCAGAUGUCAGCAAAAAGUGUUUCAAUGCCUAAUUUGAUAAGCAUGCGUCUGGAGUUCCUGCGAAUCCUUUGCAGUCAUGAGCACUACCUCAACCUCAGCAUCUUCUUCUGCAGCCCUGCAUCUGCACCUGUCUCACCAUCCCCAUCCAUCUCAUCCCAGAGUUCUGGUUCUUGUAGUUUCCAGGAGCAGCAGCGAAUCUUAGCACUUUUUGAUCUCUCCCACGAGUUCAAACAGCAACAUUACCUCACUGGUCUGCUGCUAACAGAACUUAGUGCGGCGCUAGACAUGGAGUCAGACGGGGGAAAGGUCCAAAGAAAGGCUAUUAAUGCAAUCAACAGCCUGCUUUGUUGCCAUGAUCUGGACCACCGCUGUGAAAAACCUGAGAUCAGAGCUAAAGUGGCUGCGCUCUACCUCCCCCUGGUGGGGAUUAUUAUAGAUGCCACCAACUACCUGGAUUUCACAGUUUCUGACACACGCAGUGGGAAAAACAAGACAGGCGAUCCAGUGGAUGACCUUGAGAACAUCCCACCCAUCAAUCAGUCUAUUGCUAUGGCAAUUGCAGGGAACCCCUUCAACACACUGGGACGGAAUGUUCUGGUGUCGAUGGCAUCCUUGCAGGGCAAAUCCAUAGCCACUCUGGCAGCAGACAGCAGCCGACACCUGUUGGUGUGUUUCCUGUGGGUGAUGAAGAACGCCGAUAGAAGCCUGGUUCAGCGUUGGGCAGUGGAGAUGCCCCCCUCCCAGCUCAACAAAUUGCUGGAGCUCCUCACAAUCUGCGUGUCCUGUUUUGAGUACAGGGGUAAGCAAAGCAGUGACAAGGUGAGCACUCAGGCCUUGCAGAAAUCUCAGCAGGCCAAACUGCAGUUAGAAGAAGCCCUGCUGAGAGGAACGGGAGCCCGCGGGGAAAUGAUGAAACGAGUCGGAGGGAUGGAUAGGGCCGUAGGGCAGAGAGAGAACCUCCGCUGGAGAAAAGACCUCACUCAGUGGAGGCAAACAAACGACAAACAUGAUAAGACUAAAGCAGAGUUGGACCAAGAGGCUAUCAUUAGUGGGAACUUAGCCACAGAGGCUAACCUCAUAGUGUUGGACAUUUUGGAGACCAUUAUUCAGGCGGUGCCAUUGGCAGAUUGUAAGGACAGUGUAGUGGGUGGAGUGUUAAAAGUGUUGCUUCACUCCAUCACCUGCAACCAGAGCACCACUUACCUCUCUCACACUUUCAGCACACUCAGAGCACUCGUCGUCAAGUUUGGAGAUCUGCUGUUUGAGGAGGAGGCAGAGCAGUGUGCAGACCUGUGCCAGAAGGUCCUUCAGUACUGCAGCAGCCCUGUUGAUGAGAACCGAAGCCAGGCCUGUGCCACCCUCUACCUCAUCAUGAGAUACAGCUACAGCAAUGCCAGUAACUUCUCAAGAAUUAAGAUGCAGGUCACCAUGUCUUUGGCAUCACUGGUUGGCAAGUCUUCAGACUUCCAGGAGGAAUAUUUACGCCGCUCCCUUCGCACCAUCCUGGCCUAUGCUGAGGAGGAUGCAGAGAUGCAGAACACUCAGCUGCCUUCCCAGGUGGAUGAGCUCUUGAGAAAUCUCAACUGCAUUUUGUCUGACACAGUAAAGAUGAGGGAGUUUCAGGAAGACCCUGAGAUGCUCAUGGACCUUAUGUACAGGAUAGCAAAGGGUUACCAGACGUCUCCUGACCUCCGUCUGACCUGGCUGCAGAACAUGGCUGAGAAGCACAACAACAGGAAAUGUUACACCGAGGCGGCUAUGUGCCUGGUCCACGCUGCUGCCCUCGUGGCCGAGUAUCUCAGCAUGCUGGAGGACCACAAAUACCUCCCUGUUGGCAGCGUCACUUUCCAGAACAUCUCCCCCAACGUGCUGGAGGAGUCGGCCGUGUCAGACGACAUCCUGUCUCCGGACGAGGACGGCGUGUGCUCAGGACGCUGUUUUACAGAGAAUGGUUUGGUGGGAUUGCUGGAGCAGGCUGCUGAGCUCUUCAGCACUGGUGGUCUCUAUGAAGCAGUGAAUGAAGUGUACAAGAUCAUCAUCCCCAUCUUGGAGGCACGGAGAGAUUUCAGAAAACUGGCUUUGACCCACGACAAACUUCACAGAGCUUUUGAAAACAUCAUUAAUAAGGGUAUUAAGAGGAUGUUUGGAACCUAUUUUCGUGUGGGUUUUUAUGGGUCCAAGUUCGGCGACCUGGAUGAAAGAGAGUUCAUUUACAAGGAGCCUGGGAUCACACAUCUGCCUGAGAUAUCCCACAGACUGGAGAACUUUUACGUUCAGUGUUUUGGUGAAGAAACACUGGUGAUGAUUAAGGACUCUACACCAGUGGACAGAAAACAGCUCAAGCCCAAUAAGGCGUACAUUCAGAUCACUUAUGUGGAGCCCUACUUUGAUGACUACGAGAUGAAAGAUCGUCUGACCAACUUUGAGAAGAACUUCAACCUGCGCCGCUUCAUGUACACCACGCCCUUCACCAAAAGCGGACGGCCUCGUGGUGAACUUAAUGAGCAGUACAAGAGGAAGACCAUCCUCACCACCAUGCACGCCUUCCCGUACGUCAAGACCCGCAUUAACGUCAUUCAGAAAGAGGAGUUUGAUCUGACUCCCAUUGAGGUGGCCAUAGAAGACAUGCAGAAGAAGACGAGGGAGCUUGCAGUUGCCACACAUAGAGAACAACCAGAUGCUAAGAUGUUGCAGAUGCUGCUGCAAGGCUCUGUGGGAGCCACUGUUAACCAGGGCCCGCUGGAGGUGGCCCAGGUCUUCCUGAAUGAGAUCCCAGCGGAUCCAAAGCUCUUCCGUCACCACAAUAAACUACGUCUGUGUUUUAAAGAGUUUAUUAUGAGGUGUGGUGAGGCAGUUGAGAAGAAUAAGCAUCUCAUUACAGCGGACCAGAAAGAGUACCAGCAGGAGCUGAAGAAAAACUACAAUCGUCUAAGAGAGAACCUGAGGCCAAUGCUGGAGAGAAAGAUUCCUGAGCUUUAUAAACCCAUCAUCAGGCCUAUGGUCGAGAACAGGGAUUCCUUCAAACGCCUGAGUUUUCGCAGAACUCAAGAGGAAACCUCUUGAGGUACAGCAAGUUCCUCCAACAAUGUUACAGUGUGAUUCUCACCCAGGCAAAGGUGGAGAAUGGGAUUUGAUGAACUACCUCCGAAAUUCUCAGUGCGGGAGUCGUGUUCACAAAGGAGGACUAAUGUUUUUUCAGGGGAAUCCAUCAGUGGCAUCAAUCUCUGCUGUAUGUCCUUUCUUUUGACGCCAUGUUUUGUUGUAAUAUAAAAUUAAAAUGAGAUAGAAGCACCUGCAAAAUAAUGUGGCAAUCACAGAAAAAUGUAGCCUGUUAAGCAGUUUGCUGUAAAUCUUCCAGUCUUAAUAAUGCUGCAAACAUUUUCUCUGGGUUGGUCUCCUAGGUCUUUGCUGGCCCAGGGCAUCUGUUUGUCUGAUAAAGUUGUAUGUUUAUAAUACUGCAAUGUGUAUGUAAAUAAUGGAUCAAGGAUAUUCAAGUUAAAUGAUAUUUGGAGUAAAAUCUCUUUGUGCCACGCUGAAAUCUCUUUGUAGUCCUUGAUGUUCGAUUUCCCUGAGGCGUCUCUGGUUGUUUAAGAAACGUUUGAAUAAAAUUCAUUCAUAACGGGAUAGUUAUGACCGCCACAGAUUUGGUGGAGCUAUGACAGUAUAAAUGAGAACAAUUUCCUGUCUCAACUCCGAUCACCUUUUGAAAAAAGUCUUUUUUUACUACAACAAUGCUGUUUUAUUGAGUUUAUAAAUAGUUUUUGUAAAUGGGGUCACAGCAUCAAGUUCAUGAAAAAAUGUAUUUAACAACUUGCAUUAGAGAAAUCUAUUUUAGACACGUGUCAGUGAAACUGUUUGUUAAAAGAAAAGCUCAACAUGGUUUUUAAAUUUUUUGUCUUUUUUUAUUGGUUUUACUGUUGUUGAGCAGUACAUUUCACAUAAUGCAUAUUGUCAAAAUAAAUCCCUUUAUUUACUGAA